UGCUAUAGAAGGCGGAAAUGAGGGCUGUUCGCCCCAGCGACUGAAGCGAGCAGGUUGCGCGCUCGCGGAGGGGGGCUUUGUCGUGGAGCUGGAUCUGCGGAGAAACGAAGGGGGUGUAUAUCGGCAUCGGGGCCCCUGCUGAGGAACCGCACCGCGCUUCUCCAUGAACAACAUUGAAAUGGAUGGAGACUCGGCGGCCGAAGUCGCCUCAGGCUUGCUGCCUGUUGCGCACGCGCAAUUCCAGGAGCGACAGUUCGAGAGGGCAGAAGAGCUCUACGGCCGUUAUAUUGAUCAGUGCGCAUGCUCCGGCCUGAGCAACACCUCUUGUCGUGAUCUGGCAACAGCACUUAACAACAGGGGACAGAUAAAGUAUUUUAGAGUUGACUUCUAUGAAGCAAUGGAUGAUUAUACAUCAGCUAUAGCAGCCCAGCCUGAUUUUGAAGUCCCAUAUUAUAACAGAGGAUUAAUAUUAUAUAGGCUAGGAUUUUUUGAUGAAGCCUUGAAAGAUUUCAAGAAGGUCUUAGAGCUAAAUCCCAAGUUUGAAGAUGCUUCUUUGAGUUUAAAGCAGGCUAUCCUUGAUAAAGAAGAAAAAUCAAAAAGAAACUACUGAAAGACUACUACAGGUGAAACAUAUUUUUUCACAUUGAGAUUGCAUUGCUUCUCUCCCCCCCCCCCCCCCAGCGCCAAAGACACUUUGCUAAAUUGAGAUGUAACUUCUUUUGUAUUGCGGAUGUUUUGCAAUGGCAGAGAUGAAUAAAAGCACUACAUUAACAGUC